CAAAUUAAUAAUCGUAUCUACAACAAGCCUGUCUUUAUGUUUAAAAUAAAUAGUUUGCAUACAACGGCCACAGGAUGAUCAGAGAUUACUACGACGGCAUAUGACAUACGUUACGUUUGUUAUGAUGUUAAUCCAUAUAUAUAAAACAUCGUAAAUCAAGAUGGAGGGAAGGUAGAAGACGUGAAGUUAAUGUUAUAAAAUUAAUACUGAAUACUAUUUAAAUUCCUUGUUUACUCUAUGACACACAUGAAAUUAAUUUUCAGUGUUACGGACACGAACACUACAAAAACUACACUUCAUGUUUGACAGUAUGAAAGCCUCGUUUGAUAGGUGUACACGUACUUCUUGCAACUGUAAAGUUAGGUUAUUUUAGACAUUACGAAUUUUAAAUUCAGUAUUUAUGAUUAUGUAAACCGAAGAUUGCACAGUAAUGCACAGAACGCAUGAAGCUAUUAUUUGCCUGCUGGUUCUGGGCACAGUAACAGUUGUGUAUAUAAUUACUCAAAUACUCCGCUCAGUAGUUGACUUGAAAGGUGAUACAGCCAUACUCACAAGCUUUGAAGGCAGCUGGUUAUUUCGACUCUGCCUGAACAUACUUGGAUAUGCCACCAUCUUUGUGCCAGGGUUUCUGAUCUUUAAAUAUGUUAAGAAAAGCAACUAUUUAGAAAGAACAGGCCCAGGAUGUUUUCCUACUGCUAUAAGGCUUUGCCUUGCUGGACCAGAUCCUUUGAUCAGUGCAGAUGGCCUUCAACAGGCAACCUCUCAGUUCUCUCAUGCCAUACAGAAACCCCACAGUACAAUGCAAGAAGCCAUUCUUUUGGUUUUUUGUUUCCUUGGGCUUCAGCUAACUUACCUCACAUGGGGUUUGUUACAGGAGAAGAUCAUGACACAGGAAUACGUUGAUUCUGGUGGAACAAAAGGGCACUUUACAGAUUCACAGUUCCUUGUCUUUGUAAAUAGGAUCUUGGCCUUUGUACUGUCAGGGCUGUACAUUAUGUUUACAAGGCAGCCACAGCAUGUAGCACCACUCUACAAAUAUGUCUACUGUUCGUUCUCCAACAUCAUGAGUUCGUGGUGUCAAUAUGAAGCCCUCAAAUAUGUCAGCUUCCCAACCCAGGUAUUAGCCAAAGCUUCCAAAAUUAUUCCAGUUAUGAUAAUGGGGAAGAUCAUUUCAAGAAAGAAGUAUGAAUAUUAUGAGUAUGUGACUGCAUUGCUCAUAUCAGUGGGAAUGGCAUUCUUCAUGCUGGGUAGUGCAGAUGACCAUAAAGGGGUUGCCGUGACAACAUUCUCGGGACUGAUUCUUCUGGCUUCCUACAUGUUAUUUGACAGCUUCACUUCCAACUGGCAAGGGGAGUUGUUCUCGCACUAUGGCAUGAGUUCAGUGCAGAUGAUGUGUGGUGUGAAUAUGUUCUCAUGCCUUUUCACCACUGUCUCUCUUGCGCAGCAAGGGGGGUUCCUUCAUUCCAUCAACUUUAUGGCCCAGUUUCCAAAGUUUGUGUUUGACUGUCUCAUACUGUCAGUAUGCUCAGCUGCAGGUCAACUCUUUAUAUACUAUACGAUUGCAACAUUUGGACCUGUUGUAUUUGUGAUCAUCAUGACCAUAAGACAGGGUCUUGCAAUUUUGCUAUCCUGCCUCAUCUAUCAACAUCAUAUCACAGCUGUGGGCAUUGUUGGUGUGAUUGUCGUGUUUGUGUCAGUGUUUCUACGAAUUUAUUGCAACCAACGACUACGAGCUAUAAGGAAACGGGCCCAAGCAGCGAGCAGUAGCAAGGUGUGAUAGCAGCAAGAAUAAUCUUCAAUGUCAACAAUGAGCAAAAUGGUGUAAGAAGUAUCCUUUGUAAGUGUAAAAAUAAGCUAUGAUUGUAGGAACUGUAGUUCAAUAUUAAGAUACAGCUAUUAGCUUCUAUCUAGCAAGCUUGUCAGAAGAUUUUAAAAAUUAUUCAUUGCAAUGAGAGAUGAAUACCUCCCAAAGGAAUCACAUGUAAGAAUUACUACCAACGAGAGAAAUUUUUGUUAGAUUUACACACACACUUUUUAUGCGAUCAGGAAAAUUCGUAAGAAAUUAUGUUCUUUGCAACUUCAUAUAAACUUACUCUGUAACAUGUAGGUCUUCUUGAAAUGCUGAUAGUCAUUCAACUGCUCAAGAAAUUCAAUGACUUAUGAAAAUUGAAGAUUCAUUAGCAUGUUCAGAAUUUAUCACUGGGCCAUAUCCUAUUCCAGAUAAAUCCAAGCCCUAUAUAUGUAAGAUCCAUUGCAACAUUAUCCUUCCAUAUGUGCCUAGGUUUUAUAAGUGGUAUCUUCUCUUUUGGUUUCCCAUUUAAACCUUGUAUGCAUUUCUCAUCUCCUCUGUGAAUGCUACAUAUCCUGUUCAUCUCAUGCUCCUUGAGUUGAUCACUCUGAUAUUUAAAGGGAUGACAGAAUAAAUAAAUAUGUUAAGGAUGUAAUUUGUUAAAUUUAAAUAUGGUAUCACACUAGUUGGCUCAGGUAUGUAUGUGCACUCAGUGAUAGGAUUUGAGAAUAUUUGGUUCUAGAUAUUACUGACAUUAGGAAAGCACAUCCUAGAGAAUGGCUGUUCAGGUAUAGAAGCUGUACAACAGACCAAGAACUCAUAAAAUGUUAAUUGGGUAAAAGGAAAAAAAAAACAGUUUAUGUAAAUAUAUUUCUAAUCAUAUCUGUUUGGGGGUUUUAAUGCCGAUAAUGGUAUUGUGAUAUCACAUUAUUGCUAAUGUGUAUGUUCGAUUUUUCUUCCAGUGCAUUGUUUUUGCAUGACUAUAUAUUUUAUAUUUCCCCGUGGAAUAUAUUAAAUACAAUUUUUCUUUUAAAACAAAAUUAUUGUUAUUAUUAUGUAAAUAACUUUGUUAUUGUCUAUUAAAAAGAUCCAGAAAGGUACAGCAAGAAACAAAGUUGUCAGCAUACUUAACUAGUAUGCUGAGAACGGUGCCAGGUUUGAUCCUGGUAACUAACAGGAAAUGAAAAUUAAAUUAAAAAUAAUCAUUUUAGUUACAACUGUAAAAAUAUUUUAUGUGGCAAACUUCUAUCUCUUUGUCUUGAAUGUGUCUGUGGCAAAAUGUAUGAUACAGAUUGAAUCGUGACUCAAAACAAUCAUGGAAAUAAUAGUAAUCUGUAGAUGCAAUACUUAACAUUAGUCAUAUGAAAUACUGUUAUGUGAAUGUUGCUGUUGCAUAAGUAUACAAGUACUUAAAUGUUUAUCUGGAAUAUCUUAGAAUUAUUGUGAUGAAAUGAUGUAUAUUAAUGCAAGCCUGAUUAUGAAAUGUAGAAUGGGAUGGAGGAAGUGCUCUUUUAACAAAGUGCUGCAGUUAUUAUGAGGCCUUUUUUGUACUGCCAGCCAGACUUUUAACUCCUGGGUUAACAGUUUAAUGGUAUGUUAAUGCAGCACAUGACCAGCUGAAUCAUAUGUAAGCCAUGAUGCACAUAUGUUAACUGUAAAUGCAAUCACAGUUGUGUGUAUGAUAUUAAAAUUUUGGUCAGCGAUGUUUAUCCUAAGACUAAAGGUAAAUUUUUAGACAGAAAAUUGUUUCACCAUCUCAGCUACUGAAUGAUGGAAAAAAGGCACAGUGAAUGUUAGCUGUGUUCCAGGAUAUGUUUCAGUAUGCUUUUAUCCAGUCCUAAAAUCACAUCUUUACAUGCAGACAUAAAAAGAAGACUUAUAUAAUACUAUACAGUAGGCACUCCAUUCACAUAAUGGUUUCCUGAGAAAGGCCAUGUAUGUAGAAGGUAAGAUGGAAAAGGCUUAAGACAUUGGGUCUGUGUGAAUGGACCUCAUUUUACAUAUAUAUAUAUAUAGGCGUCAACCUCUGUAUGAAAUUCCCAUGUUUGGGACUUCUGACUUUUUUGUACAGGUUUUACCACACUUAAUUUUCUAUAAUUUUAGUUACUUUUAUUUUAUAAUUUUUGUUUGUGACCAGAGUGUAUUUAUAUAUCACAGUAUUUGAAUCAAAGCCAUGUAACUUAAAAUAGAAACUCCUAGGUGCUACUGUUCAUUCAUUCAUCUUCAACAUAAGAUACUUGUAUAGAUGACUAAGGAAAAUAUAAUGUAGAUACAUCUCUGAUAUAAAUCUUCAUUUAAAACAGUUCCAUGUCUGUUGCACAACAUAAGAAGUUUUGUUUCUGAGGGAAAAUAUUUUGUAGAAAUGUAGAUAUUAACUAAUUUUAUAUCAUAUCUAGGUUACUAAGAAGUAUUACAAACCCAAAUGAAAUUGGCAACAUUACAAUUUUGCAAGGAAGGUGUAGUAGUCAUACAGAGUACAAUUAACAGCACAGUUAUUUAAAUUAAAGUGAUUCCAAAUAUAACUUCCUGUUUAAGUAAUACAUAUGUGAGUUACUGCAGGAAAUUUCACAUCAUCUGAGCAUGUAUGUGGGUGUGGAUGUUGAAAACAUGAUGUCAUUUGAACUUUCAAGAUGUCUGCCAGCUCAGUGUGCAUACCCCACACAUUAUAGUGUCAACAGUGAACCAUAAAGGGUUAAGUUAUUUUAACUGACAAGCCAAAACUGAAACUAUAGGACUCUUGUGUUUCAAGAAGACAGAUAGGUGGUGCAUUGCAUCCAGAUGUUUAUGCAGUAUAUCCCAUUAACUUUUUUCCCCAUAAGUUUUCAUGGAUGGAGUUUAAUGUGUAACUUUGAUUUUCAGGUAUAAACCAUGUAGAAUGUUGAAGGUUUUCAUCACCUAUUUUUCUGAAGCAUGUGGUUGCUCCCUCUUGAACAGCACCUUACUCGUCUGUUCAUCCCAAGCCUUCACCUUCCACUGCCUGAUCUAUAUAAGGACUUCCAAAUCACCUCAAAGACAUUCACCCUAAAGAUGGAAACUGCAAUUUUUGCUGAAAUGUUGGAAAACACAGAACACACCACGCAGCUUAAUCCUGAACUUCAAAGGUACACAUUUGUCACUACUUCAGCAGUAUAAUCCUUUGAAGUACUUGAAUGGUAUAUGAGAUUUACAUGGUAGUGAAGAUGUUGGUCUUCUGGGUGGUAACACUGUUGUUUCUCUAAAACAGCGAUAUGUAUCUACAAGUCCACAUGGCAUCACUACUCAGAAGACCAACAUCAACAAAUCAAUGGGCAGUUACUUGUUAACAGUGCUAUACAUAAUGAGAUUAUGGUUGUAUGAAGGUAGUUGCAAAAUUCUGAAUUCCACUUGUCACAAACAACCGUCAGUUUGUUUUUGUGGCAUUAAAAGAAUGUGACUGUAUAAUACACUUCAUCGCUUUACUGAUUUACAUAGUCCUUUUUCUUAUGUAAAAAAGAUACAAUAUAUGACAAGUGUGCUUAUGAGGUGACGGCAUUUGAUUGCCACGUAUUCAGCAUGUGUUAUGUUCAAUCCAUAACCACUGAACAAAGUAUGGUCUUAAAAGAAAAGCAAUCAGUCCUUAUUUACAAAUAUUCUGUGUGGAUAAGACUAUCAUUUUAUUUACUGCUAUGAAUUCAUUCUUUAUUAUAUUUCAAAGAUUGGUAAAAUUGUAUCAGAAUCACUCAGAUGUAUGGCCCUUUCCAGAGCACAUUGUUUGGUUUCAUUCAGUCAUAUGAAGUAGAUUACUAGCUUGUUGGUUUUUAAAAUACAAUAUAUACAUAGUCUUUCUAUAAUAUUAAGAUCUUGUCAACACAUGCAAUCUUUGUUCAGAAAGCAUUUUGUAAUGAUUAAGCCUGCCUUACUGUAGGAACAUUAACAGGAACACUUAAAUACUGAAGUUAAAAAUCUUUAUCUCUCUUACUGUAUUGGCAUGUAAUUCAAAUACUCUUAAGUAUGAAAAUGAAAGAAAUGGUAAUAAC